CAUUUUAUUGAACUUUCUUGGAGGGAAAAGUUAGAUAAAUUGCUAGGAAGUAUAAACGGCCUUAAAGUAUUGCAUGAUUCGGAUAUUAUUCACCGUGAUUAUCACAGUGGAAACAUCUUUUUUCCAAAUGAAAUUAGUUUUUUUAUAACAGGUGAUUUAGGAUUAAGUAAAUCAUCAACCGCAUCAUCAGAUGCAGACGAUAAUGAUAUUUAUGGGAUUAUUCCUUAUGUUGCUCCGGAGGUUUUUCAAGGGCAAGAAUAUACUAAAGCCUCAGAUGUGUAUGGCUUUG